GAACCAAUGAAAACCUGCCACACGAGAGAUGAAAAGACAAUAUUCAUGUUGCCGGUACACCUGCGACAGUUUGUAAGUGUUUAACGUUGAAUAAACGAAAUCAAAUUGAUUACAAUCUCUCGUUUGAGCCACGUGUAAUUAUUAUCAGUAAUUUUAUAAGAUUUAAGUUUAUAAUACAAAAGAAAUUUAUGAAUCUCUAAAUCAUUGAGAUUACACGACGUUUUGAAACGUUGAAAGCUUACUACAUUCUCUAUAAAUAAUAAUAAAGUUUUCCAUUCGUAUGUUGAAUGUCUGCGUAAAUUUGCAACUACAUAAUACAUGAAAAUGAAGUCUGUAACAGUUAUUUGUUUAUCCAUUAUUUUAAUAAUAAUAUCAUGUUUCACUGGAAACAUCAAUGGAGUUGCUGUCAUGAGUGUCGACUUAGGAAGUGAAUGGUUCAAAGUAGCAAUUGUAUCUCCUGGCAUUCCAAUGGAAAUAGCUUUGAAUAAAGAAUCUAAGCGAAAAACUCCAACAAUAAGUGCAUUUAGAGAUGAUGAACGGCUCUUUGGAGAAGAUGCCCAAAUAGUUGGAGUUAGAUUUCCUAAAAACAGCUUUCAAUAUAUUUUAGAUCUUGUUGGAAAAUCUAUAGAUAAUCCUAUUGUUGAAUUGUACAGAAAAAGAUUUCCUCAUUAUGACAUAAUUCCAGAUGAAGAAAGAAAUACAAUAAUUUUUAAAUUAAAUGAAGAUAUGUCUUUCACUCCUGAAGAGUUGUUAGCACAAAUUCUUCAUACAGCAAAAGAAAUGGCAGAAAAUUCUGCUAAUCAAAAAAUUAACGAAGUUGUUCUAACAGUUCCUGGAUUCUUCAACCAGGCCGAGAGAAGAGCAAUUCUUAAAGCAGCAGAGCUUGCUGAUCUUAAAGUGUUACAACUAAUUAAUGAUUAUACUGCUGUUGCAUUAAAUUAUGGGAUCUUUCAUAAGAAAAAAAUCAAUGAUACUGCUCAUUAUAUUUUGUUUUACGACAUGGGGGCCAGUUCAACGACUGCAGCAGUUGUUAGUUACCAAAAUGUUAAAACUAAAGACAGAGGCAUUGUAGAAACCAGUCCACAAGUUAGUAUUUUGGGUGUAGGGUAUGAUAGAACACUUGGAGGAUUGGAAGUUCAAAUUAAAUUACAACAUUAUUUAGCUAGUGAGUUUGAUAAAAUGAAGAAAACUCCCAACUCUGUAUUUAAAAAUCCAAGAGCCAUGGCAAAAUUAUUCAAAGAAGCUGGAAGAGUUAAAAAUGUUCUCAGUGCUAAUGCUGAUCAUUAUGCUCAAAUUGAAAGUUUACUUGAUGAUAAGGACUUCAGACUUCAUGUUACGAGAGAAAAGUUGGAAGAGUUGUGUGCUGAUGUAUUUGAAAGAGUUACUAAUCCUAUCAAAAUGGCAUUAGAUGUAUCAGGAUUAAGUAUUAAAGUUAUUUCACAAGUAGUCAUCGUUGGGGCAGCAACUCGAAUGCCUAAAAUUCAAGACAUCUUAACUGCAUAUGUUGGAAGCGAUUUAUCCAAGAGUAUUAAUGCUGAUGAAGCAGCAGCCAUGGGUGCAGUUUAUAAAGCUGCAGAAUUGAGUCAAGGAUUUAAAGUAACAAGAUUUAUUACAAAAGAUGCUGUUCUAUUUCCAAUUCAAAUUGUCUUUGAUAAAUCUACUGAUGACAAGCCGAGGCAGGUUCGACGCACAUUAUUCGGAAAAAUGAAUUCUUAUCCUCAAAAAAAGAUUAUUACCUUCAAUAAACGAAAAGAAGAUUUUUCAUUUGAUGUCAAUUAUGCAGAGUUAGAUUAUUUACCACCUCAUGAAAUUAAAGCUGUUGGUAACUUGAAUCUAUCAACAAUCUUCCUAUCCGGUGUUGCUGAAGCUUUGGAAAAGCACAUCAAGGAAGGAGCAGAAAGUAAAGGAAUCAAAGCACACUUUGUUAUGGAUGAAAGUGGCGUUUUGAAUCUCCUGAAUGUUGAAUUGGUUGGUGAAAAGACCACCUCUGCUGAUGCUAAAGAUGAGGGUACAUUUUCUAAACUUGGUUCAACCAUUACCCAAUUCUUCUCAGGAUCUGAAGACACUGAAAAAGUAGAAAAGGCUGAAGAGCCUCCGAAAGAAGAUGUUAAACCUGUUCAUGAAGAACCAGAACAACCACCUGAACCUGCAGCUGAAGAAAAGCCAAAAACUGAAAAUGAAACUAAAACAGAAGAAAAAUCAAAUAAUCAAACAACCGACAAUAAAACUGAUAAAAAGAUGACUGUGACUGUUCUAAAAGAGCCUAUUAAGUCAGUUGAAGUUAAAUAUGGUCCUCAAGAAUUAAAAGAUGAAAAAUUGAAAGCAUCGCGUGAAAAAAUAAAGGCAUUGGAACUACGUGAUCUGGAAAAGAAACGUCGUGAAACAGCUCUCAACAAUCUCGAAUCAUUUGUAAUCAACACACAGCAGGAUUUGAAAAAGGACGAAUACAUAAAGGCUGGAGCUCCAACAGAAAUUGAGAAAAUUGCUGAUGCAUGUCAAAAGACUUCUGAUUGGCUGUAUGAAGACGGCUUCGAUGCAGCGGCAGAAACUUAUGAAGAAAAAUUGCAGGAUUUACAAAGCAAAACACAUGAUCUUUACGAACGUGUAUUUGAACAUCGUGAAAGACCCGAAGCUUUAGCUGGAAUGUUUUCAAUCUUGAAUGCUAGUAAUGCAUUCUUGAAUAACAUGAAAACUUAUAACAAUAAUCAAAUUUUCACACAAAUUGAAAUUGAGAAACUUGCAAAAACUAUCAAUGACACUGUCGAAUAUCAUGAAACGGUUAUUCGAGUCACAGCAGAGACUCCUCUUCAUGAACCUGUUAAAUAUUCAGUCCGAGAUAUUGCAAAUAAAAUGGCCAUAUUAGAUCGUGAAGUGAAAUAUUUAAUGAACAAAGCCAAAAUAUGGAAACCCAAACAGGAAACAGCUUCUAAUCAAACCGAAAAAACUGAUGAAGCAGCAAAGGAUAAUCAGACGGAAUCAACAGCUGAUAGCACCACUGGCGCUGAUGAAGAACAAAUAGUACUUGAAGCGGCUGAUGACAAAAUUAGUGAAAGUGCAUUACCGGAAACGUCUACUGUAAAUGAAAAUGAGCAAGAUGAUAGCGCAACAAGCUCUACAAGUGAUGAUCAACAUCAAGAACUUUAAACAAAGUGCUGUUUAGGCAAAAAUUAAUUACUAAUAUUUAACGAAUAUUCAGAAUUGUCCUACAUUACAAUAUUUUUUCUUACAGAAAAAAAAGAUGAUAAGGAAAUUAACGGAAAAUUGUUUUGAAUAAUCUUGUAACUUAUAUCUGCGAUAAGCGAUUUAUUUCAUGUUUUCCUGUAUAAAUAAGAGCCUGCACAAGUCUGCCAUUAAACAAAUCGUGUACAGUAUUCAUAAUAUAAAAUUACCAUCGACGUUUUUUCAUAAAAAUUUUUUAAAGUA